AUGACGAGACUCCCCUUUCACGCCGACCACAUCGGCUCCCUCAUCCGGCCAGACUAUGUCUCGGAGCACCAGAAGCAGUUUGACCAAGGCAAAAUCACCGCCGAGGAGCUGCGCACAGUCCAGCAGUCCGCCAUCAAGGAGGCCGUCGACAAGCAGCUGCUCAACAACGUGCGAGCCCUCUCGUCGGGCGAGUUCGACCGCAAGUACUACUUCUCGGGCUUCUUCGAGAGGCUCGGCGGCUUCCGCGAGGUCAGCCCCGUGCCGUGGGAGCUCGCGCGCCUCUCCGCGCCGCCCAUUGCCGCGCUCAAGAAGUCGGGCCAGCAGUACCCCAUGGCCGCCGUCUGCGAGGGCAAGAUCACCUACGAGAGCAGCCCGUACCUGGACAACUGGCGGCUGCUGCGCGAUACCCUGCCGCCGGAGCAGUGGGCCGAGUGCAAGUUCACCAUGCCGCCGCCGUGCUACUUCCACCUGAGGCUGGCGCCCGGCAAGUGCUACAGCCCGGAGGCGUACGGCUCUGACGAAGACUUCUUUGCGGACCUGGCUGUGGCGUAUCAGAAGGAGAUCAGGACGCUGUACGGCGAGGGGCUGCGGAACCUCCAGAUCGACGACCCGACGUUGGCGUACUUUUGCUCAGAUGAAAUGGUGGAAUCGUUGCGCAAGGAGGGCGUGGAUCCGGAUGAGCUGUUUGAGCUUUAUCUGAAAGCCCACAACGACUGUAUCGCGGAUCGUCCUGAUGACAUGCAUGUUGGGCUUCACAUCUGCCGAGGCAACUUUUCAAAGUCUCUUCAUUUCAGCGAGGGAUCGUAUGAAAAGAUUGCCGAGCGUUUCUUCAAGGUCCUCAACUACGACACCUUCUUCCUCGAGUACGACAAUGAGAGGUCCGGCGGCUUCGAGCCCUUGCGCUUCCUGCCCAAGGGCAAGAACGUCGUCCUCGGCGUUGUGACCACCAAGGACCCUGCCCUCGAGGAUCCUCAGGAGAUCAAGCGGCGCGUCCUGGAAGCCGCAAGGAUCAUUGCAGACGGUCAACAGCGCAGCGUCGAGGAGGUCAUGGAGAACAUCGGCAUUAGCCCGCAGUGCGGCUUUGCCAGCGUGGCUGUUGGUGCCGAGGGCAUGACGGAGGAGAAGAUGUUUGCGAAGCUGAGGCUGGUGAGAGACGUUGCAAAGGAGCUUUGGCCUGAUCGGCCUUGA